GUAGUAUCAAGUUUCACACGAGAGGUAACACUUAAACACAACAAAGAUAACUUUAUACCCUCGCUAUUUAAUAUUUCUAAAAAAAAAAUUAUAUUUGUACCGAUAACAGAAAAUUAAAAAUAAUAAUCAUGGGCGAACACACGAUAGAAAACUUACAGGAAGUGCUAAGUGGGUACAUGAAAAAGAGUCAAAGAAUUUCGGACAAGAAGAUUACGAACCUGACUGCUCCCGGAGAAAACUACGGUAGUAUAAUGUUAAAAUUGGAUGUAACACUGAAAGACGAAAAUGAUGGUACGGAAGAAGAACUGCAUGCUGUGGCUAAAAUGAUUCCUGCUACGGAGUUUCAAAGAACGCUGUUCAACAUUCAAGUGACUUUCAAGAACGAAGUGGCAAUGUAUACUGUCAUAGCACCCACUCUUCGAGAUUUCCAACGGGAGAACGGUGUUAACGAAGUAAUUGACUGUUUCCCAGAGUUAUAUGGUGCUAGGAUAAAUACAGAAGAUCAUAAUGGUACUGUAGAUGAGAAUGCGGUACUGAUAUUAGAAAAUUUGAACUUUAAAGGAUAUCGAUGCGUAGAUCGCUACGUAGGUUUGGACCUAGAGACGACCCAGUUGAUACUCAAAGACUUGGCAGCUUUCCAUGCCAUACCACUGGCGCUGAAGCUGAAGAAACCAGAAAUAUUCGAUAAAAAAAUCAGACCACACUUGGCUCCAUUCCGUCUUGACCCUAUGCCAUUCGAAAAUGGAAUCAACUCAGUGUACACAGAAAUUCUUCAAGAGUCAGUCAAAUGUAUACCUUGGAUACCAAAAGUCAGAAACAUUUUGGAGAACGUAAGAGCAGCGCAAGAUGCACCGCCACAGGAACCAUUCGCGACGAUAACUCACGGGGACAUGUGGUUAAAUAAUACUAUGAUAAAAUUUCAGAACAAGGUACCUGUUAGCAACAAGAUGGUUGACUUUCAAGUCUGCGACUAUAAAUCACCAGCCACAGAUCUGUUCUUCUUUCUCUUCGUAAAUGUUCAGCAGUCUGUACUACAGGAUGAUUUCGACGGUUUGAUUGAAUUCUAUCACAAUCACUUCAUUUCCCAUUUGGAGAAGUUGAAAUGCGACACUGCUCCUUUUAGUUUACCUAAGUUUUUAGAAGAAAUGAAAGCUGCGACGUCAGUUGAAGUCGAGCAUUGUUUUAAAUUUAUAUUUAUAAUUUUUGGGGAAAAGCAUUCCGCAGCUUUCGAUCCCUCAGCGCCAUUUGAUGAGAAAAAAAUUAAAGCUAGGAUAAACUUGGCUAUAAAAGAGAAAUUCUGGAAUCUAAUCCAUACAAGCGGCAUGAGAGGGUGGCUAGUAAUAAUGAGUGAACACAACAUAGAAAAGCUACAAGAAGUGUUGAGUGGUUACAUUAAGAAGAGUCAAAUAAUUUCAGACAAGAAAAUUACCAACUUGACUGCUCCCGGAGAAAACUUUGGAAGUGUAAUGUUAAAAUUGGAUAUAACCCUGAGGGACGAAAAAGAUGGUACGGAAGAGGAACUACAUGCUGUGGCUAAAAUGAUUCCUGCUACGGAGUUUCAAAGAAUGCUGUUCAACAUUCAAGUGACUUUCAAGAACGAAAUUGCUAUGUAUAACGUCAUCGCACCCACACUUCGAGAUUUUCAAAGGGAAAACGGGAUAAAUCAAGUAAUUGACUGUUUCCCGGAAUGUUACGGAGCUAGGAUAAAUCUAGAUGAACGAAAUGGCACUGUAGAUGAGGAUGCAGUUCUUAUACUGGAAAAUCUCAUCGUUAAAGGAUAUGGAGUCGUAGACCGCCACGUAGGCUUCGACCUAGAGACCGCCCAGUUAAUACUCAAAGACUUGGCAGCUUUCCAUGCUAUACCACUGGCUCUGAAGCUGAGGAAACCAGAAGUGUUCGAAAAUAAAAUCAGGCCGUAUCUGGCUCGAUUCGUACGACCUUCUUCGCCUCAUGAUGAACAAUUAUACUCGACAUUCAUUGAGAUUUUUCAGGAGUCAAACAAAUGUAUACCCUGGAUGCCAAAAAUGAAAGAGAUUUUUAAAAUCAAUGAAACACUGCAAAAUGCAGCACCAAGAGAACCGUUUUCAACCAUAACCCAUGGGGAUGCGUGGGUAAAUAAUAUCAUGAUAAAAUUUCAGAACCGACUACCAGUUGGCCACAAAUUAGUUGAUUUUCAAGUUUGCGACUACAAUUCUCCAGCCAUAGACGUAUUAUUCUUUCUCUUCACAAGCGUUCAACUGUCGGUGCUUCAAGACAAUUUCGACGGUUUGAUCGAAUUUUAUCACAAACAUUUCAUUUCCCAUUUGGAGAAGUUGAAAUGCGACACUGCUCCUUUCAGUUUACCUAAGUUUUUAGAAGAAAUGAAAGCAGCGACGUCACUCCACUUAUUACACACUAUCUUCAUGUUACUGCUUGUAGUAUUUGGGAAAAAGGGGGGUUCUUCGAAAGAUUUUGAUCCGGAGGCGCUGCUUGAAAACGACAAGGUUAAGGCAAACAUAAUCCCGGCUGCGAAGGAAAAAGUAUGGUAUCUAAUUCACACAUGUGGCACAAGAGGAUGGCUAGAAUAAAAUUAUCCCUUUUAAAAAUGUAUAUAUAAGGCGAUAUUCAACAUUUUUGGAGCAUUUAUUAGGUAUAUUUCCCUAAAAGACAAAAAUUAGACAGUUUCGCGUUCAGUUAAAGAAAAAAUGGAAACCACUUCCUGGUAUCUCGAUUCGUUUGAAAAAAUACAAAACAUUUUCCAUUAUUGUCAAUUUUUCGUAAUACCCAAAAGCUUUUUCAUUUAUUUAAUAUUUUUAUUUACUUAUUUUACGAAAAACUCAGUGAAGUAAAUAUUUUUGUGGUACGGACAUUCAGUUAUAAUUCAUCUUCACUCAAUUUUUGAAAUUUAUAUAAAAUUUCUCCUUAACUGAUGUAACAUAAGGAAUAUAUGCAUUUAUUUCUUAAGAAAAGCAUAAAAAAUUAUUCUUCCAAAUUCAGAUGAUUCAAGUUCAGUGAUCAAAUAUCGUAUUUAACUAUUUUUUGACUAACUUUCAGGAAAUAAGGAAAGGAGUGAAAACUGUCCACUCUGUACAGUGUGACUUAAUUAUCCUAUGUGAUUAUGUGUAUCAGUUUCUGUAAAUAAAUUUACCAUCUUUCAUCCAUUCA